GCGCCUCCGAUCUGGAGUGGUCACAGAAUCGAGUGGAGAGCCCCACUGUUCAUGGGUCCCACUUUCACAGAGUGGGCCUUGAAAACUUCAGACUGUCAGCCGAGAGCAAGCCCCAUUCAGUCCUUGUCCAAUCGUUGUCGGAACAACAUCUACUUCCAGCGGGUUCCUCCUGUCAUAUCCUAACCAUGUGCGGUGGCUGGGCCUGUGCCUCCUAUGAUCUGGCCUGCAACAAUCCACCUCUGUCCACAGUGCGUUUCACCGGCCGAGACUUUAUACCCACGCCCUGCGGUCCCUGCGAUAAGUGUUAUGUCCUUGAUACCAGCCGCAAGAAGAACUCCAACAACUGCUACGUACCACACAUCCUGUCCCCACUUGAGGCACAACUUUGUACGCAGGAUGGUAGCCAGAAAAAAAAGGAAGAUGAGAAGUAACAUGGGGAUAGCUAAAUCAAAAGUGUUUAUUGGCAAUGCAGAAUUAAAUCCAAAUAGUGAAGUUGAAAUCAGUAGGACACAAUAAAAUUGGAAAAUCGGACUGAUUGAACUAUAAA